CUUUGAAAAUUGAAUAUUUGAGCAACGGAGAGAGAGCAGAGACAGCAGAAGUUGGGUUUUCCUUGUUUGUUCGAAUGAGUGAGUCAGAGUAGUCAGAGUCAGGUUAGCAGCGCAGCAAAAACGCCACUAUCCUCACCUCACGGGUUUGGCUCUCUCUUCCAACCAAACCCUUUUUUCUCUUCAAAUCCUCAAAACUUUACUAGGGUUUGGGAAUUGGGAACUAAACUCAACGUCACAACUCAAUCCACUUGAAGGAAUUUUUGUAUAUAACAAGCAAUAUUGGACAUUGAGAUUGAAUUAGGGUUUUGAUGUUCUUCGAAUGCCGAUUUUUGAUGACUUAUGAAUGGAGAUUUUCUCUGUCUUGUCGGAACCGUUUCUCGUCGCCCUCGCCGUGACCGCGCUCUGUUUCCUCUUCGCGCUCUUCGCUCUCCUCCGAUCCUCCUUCUCCCUGCCCCGCAGAUUCACGCCCCCGAGGAAGCACCACUGCGAUUGCGCCUCCAAUUCCGACGCCGGCGCCGUGCCCUACCUCAACGGCGGCUGCACUGAAAUGCUCGAGCCCAGUCCCGUUCCGGCGCCGGCGGUGUUGACGGAGCGGCGAACGGGGUCGUCGAUGAUGGAGGAACUGGUUCCGGAGAUUACAACGCACGCUCUCAGUUACUUGGAUUAUCCCAGUCUCUGUCGCCUCUCGAUGACCAAUUCGUUGAUGCGAAAGGCUGCGAAUGAUGAUAAUGCUUGGAAGGCCCUUUAUCACAAGGACUUCACGUUGGAACAAGAUAGUGUUACGCCCACUAAUGGGUGGAAGGCUUACUAUGCUGCAACUAGAGCAAUUGUGAAUAUUAAUACAGAAUUCUUCAACAUUGUAAGAGAUAAGUCUCUUCAAGCAAUGAGUCGUUUUUGGCUGAAUGCAGAUUAUGUCAAGUGCAUUCAUGCCUCAGGAGAACUCUUUUCCGGGUACAAUGCAGUUAUGCAGAGUUGGCAACUCGCAUUCAACUGGGAGCAAGGAUUGAACACUCAGGUUCAAGAUGUACGUGCUCGCAUCUUGACAGAUAUGGCUUGGGUUACAAUGAAAACAUACGUUGAUAUGGAUACAGGACCAUUUAAUGUGACCAAUAUUUAUGAGUUCCAUAAUGGACGGUGGUAUAUGGUUCAUCAUCACAGUUGUGUGAUGAAUGGGGAUGUGGACCUGAUGAUUGUGCAUGGAUAAUAGUGAGAGAUGAUGACACAGUGUUAUGUCUGAAACUGGUUACAGAAGGUGGUUUUAUUUGCAGAAGCAAGAUGCUUGAAAUUUUCGUGAUUUCUUUGGAAGAUCCUUUUGCAGUUUCCAUUUUAGUUUCAUUUUUAUAAUGUAUAUAAGACAGGAAGUCGCUAUGGUGCCAGAAAAAGAGUUAUAAGUACAGUAAUUGGAUUAAAGUACAUACAAAAAGAUGGGCAGAAAGGGGUUACCUGUGAAUGAUACGUUGGAACAGGACGUUCGCACUUCGCAGGCAUUCCAAUGUUUAGACCGUCGAGACUUGUGAAAAGCAAGGCUGAGCAGUGACCGGGGCGGGAGCUAAUGCACAAGUGUUUUCCAUUUUUGUCGUGCAUCUGCAUCCUAGUUAAUAGUAGUGUGCAUCUUUUUCCUGUGAGUUGAAUUUUGAAUCAUAUGCUAACAAAAUCAUGAUUUUAUUGUAAAGCAUGAUUAUGAGAGAUUCAAAAUUGAUGGUCCGAGAAGUACCUGCUGUUACUUAAGCCCCCGACAGAUUUUGGAUGGCAAAAGUAUAAUUUAAGAAUCUGCAGAAAGUUUCCAAAA